AUGGCAACAUCGAACAACGAGUGGAUUAAAGUGUCAUGGAGAAACGAGUACAUGAAAGAGCAAACAUCAUUGAAAAGAGUGGCAGAGGAAGCAAUGGGCCGAAUGAAUGCACACGUCGAAUUCAAUGUUGGAGAAAUCAAGAUCGGAAACGAAAGCUAUGUGGAUUGGAAGGUCGCAUGGAAAAAGCUUAAGAACAUCAUAAGGGAAGGGCAAAUCAGGUACAAGGUUGAAACCUUCAGGGAAAAGAGACUGCAGAGUGAAAUACCAAUGGGAUUUGACAAGGAUGAUCAUGGUUGACUGAAGUGCAACACCGAACCGAGAAAAACAGCAUCGAUAUUCACAUUGCAGGAGCAAAUGAUCGAAACAAAAGCAUGGAAGAAAAUGAGAGGACUACUGGACCAAGACAAGUGCAGAUUGUGUGGGGAAUUUAGAGAAACAGUUCAACAUCUAUUGGCAGGAUGCAAAAAGUUGGCGGGAUCGGAGUAUGUAAGAAGACAUGACAACGUGUUAAAAGUACUAGCAGUGCAAUGGGCGAUUGAUAAUGGAUUGUUACCGAAAGGAACGAAGUGGUACACAGAGAAAUGGGAGAGAGGAAAAGUAAUUACAAAUAACGGGAAGAAGCUAUAUUGGGAUUGGGAACACAGGAUGAGGACGAGUUACACGGCAAGGAGGCCCGAUCUGACGCUGGAGGACAGCAGAAAGAUUAUGCUAAUAGACAUGGCAUGUCCGUAUGAGUCGAACAAAGACGGGAAAAGAGAAGAGAAGAUAAGAAAGUAUCAACAGCUUUGUUAUGCAUUACGGGAAAGACGGGACGGAUAUAAAGUGAAAGUUAUACAAGCGGUGAUCGGCUGUUUAGGAGGAGGGAUGAAAAGACUGAAAGAUGAUAUAAGAGAGUUGUUUAACAACGAGAAAGACUACACUGGAUAA